UAUUUGUUUGCAUUCAAAUAGAUACUUCUGUAUAGUUUGUAUACAUGUUUGUUUAUGCAUAGAUUUUUAUUUUUGUUUUCUUGUCGUGGAUUGUAUUCAAUCCUAUGCUACUUUUGGGAAAUUGAUUCUGAAACCCUUUUGGAGAUUCAAUCGUAUCUUUUGCCGCAAGUUCACAACUUUGAAGGCUAAUAUGGCUAACAACAUUGAAGAUGGGAGUGAAAAAAGUUCAGGAAUCCCUCAUGCUCCCGUUGUCCUCAAUGAAAGAAUUCUCACAUCGAUGUCCCGAAGAUCUGUUGCUGCUCACCCCUGGCAUGACCUAGAAAUUGGCCCAGGUGCACCAGCAGUUUUCAACUGUGUUGUUGAAAUUGGAAAAGGCAGCAAAGUUAAGUACGAGCUUGACAAGACAAGUGGCCUAAUCAAAGUUGAUCGAGUGCUGUACUCAUCAGUUGUCUAUCCACAUAACUAUGGCUUCAUCCCACGAACCCUUUGUGAGGAUAGUGAUCCUAUGGACGUUUUGAUACUGAUGCAGGAACCUGUACUACCUGGUUCUUUCCUUCGUGCUCGUGCUAUUGGAUUGAUGCCUAUGAUUGAUCAGGGUGAAAAGGAUGACAAAAUAAUAGCAGUAUGUGCUGAUGACCCCGAGUUCCGCCACUACAAGGACAUCAAGGGCCUUCCUCCACACCGCCUUGCUGAGAUCCGUCGCUUCUUUGAGGACUACAAAAAGAAUGAGAACAAGUCUGUUGCUGUGAAUGACUUCCUGCCAGUUGAGGCUGCUGUCGAAGCUAUCAAGUACUCGAUGGAUCUGUAUGCUUCUUACAUUGUUGAGAGCUUGAGGCAGUGAAUUCACUUCAAGAUUUUUAUAGGUAGCAAGCAUGUCUAUCUGCACUCUUGAGCUAUAUUUAUAAUAAUUAUGUAUCAAAUUAACCAUCCUGUUAUUAUGAAAGCUCGUAUGCGAUACUUCUUGUAAUUUGGAGUUAUUGUAGAGUGCAAUACUAGUUUAACAACAUCAAAAUAAUUUUAAUGGUUGCUACUUUAUUUGAA